AUGCGAGUACCCUACGAUCCGAUCCUCCCCCUGCACGCACGACUGCGUAAAGAGCGAGCGCGCCCCCCAAGACCAGUCCAGCUCGAUGGAAAACUCUACGACGUGAUGGGCGUGAGCCCCUCCCACGAACUGCUCCUGCGAGACCAGCGCGCAAUGCACCAAGACAUGCGCAUAGAGGAGUUCGCGGGCCGCCCGGCGAUUCUCGACGGUGUGCCCUGGCGUGUCGUAUCGCUGGAAGCUGCUCCGGAUAUGCACAUGCUAGACACGACGCUGCAACUGAUCAACCCGAGAGACCCGCCGUCUAUGUUCACGGUGGCUAGUGCGGACUUGACGCGCGUGCUGUUUCCAGGCGAGAAUGGCUUGCAUGUCCUGGGGCCGUUGAAGCAUGGGAUUAUACGGAUGGCUUCUAUGGUACCGCGGACUGAGAUGCCGAUGCCGCUUCGUCGCGGGGACCAGUUCGAGGCUCGUCUGCGUGGCUGUGAGCUGGAUGGUCCGUAUAUAAUUCGCGUGGGAGAUGGCGGCCAGCUGGUUGCCACCGGUAUACCAUACAACGGGACCGAGCAGAGUAUUGUAAUCGACCCGGCGCAAGUUGCACCGCGCUAUGAGAGUGUGAUGUCUCUCGAUUUCGAGGCCAGCUUUGAUGUCGAUGCUUUCCUGUUCCGAGAAGACGAGCUCCGUAGCCAGGCCACGAUUGUUGGGAGGAGUCGGAAUGGUAGAUGCUCGCUGGAUCCGCUGCUGGGGAGUCUGCCCCCUGGCACAUUCCCUCUAUUGACCAACGGUGCCGAGCAUCUCGCCGUGUUUGAGCAGUUCAUCCGAGACCAUGCGCAGCCUGUGGACAGCAUCGAGGACGCACCUCGCAGGCUGACCGUGUUCAACCUCUCCAUGAGCAACCAGGGCGAUGCGCGGCCUGUUCUCAAUGCACUGUUAGACUUCCGGAUCCAGAACCCUGACGCUGAGAUGUCGAUUGUCGCAUCGAAGCUUGGACCGACCGAGUUCCAGGAAUCGCCAGAGUACCACCGGUAUCUAAACGUCCUUGCUGAUAACGAAAUCCAUGUGAAUAUGUUUACCACCCCUGCCGGCGGACCUCGCCAGGUCAUGCAUGCCAAAGGCAUCAUCAUCGACACCCAUGUGCUCUUCAGUACCGGAGCCGUCAUGGACACACGACCCAUCGACAAGGCGGAUUUCUCCAUCGAAUUACCCCCUGCGGCUGCAGAAGCGUUCCAGCGGUACACAGAUGAGGCCAUCCAUGAAGACGCAACCGACGAGCGCCGCGCAGAACUGGCUUCCGAGCUCGCGAGUCUCGGAGUGGUGAUCAACGACCCAGUCGCGGGCUUGACGUAUAUCAGUCGUGCGCAGGACGCCCUGAUCCGCGGCGCGUCGCGGAGCCUGAUGGUCAGCAUCUCCGAGCUCGUAGACCCCAGGGUAACGCAGACGCUGAUCGACCGCGCCGCGAACGGGGUGGACGUGCAUCUGCAGGUCCGCGAGGUCGACCCUACAUCGGCGCUGCUGCUCACGGACGCCCUCUUGCAGUAUCGCCAGACCCUGCGCGUCGAGGACACGAGCUGGUGGGAGCCAAGGCCGCAUUUUAAUACUAUCGUCGCGGACGGGGAUACUGCGUACCUGGGGACAUCGUAUCUAUGGCCCACGCAGUGUCAUAUGGUGCACCAGGGCCGGUCGUUGGAGAACGGGGUGCUGCUGCAGGGCGAUGCCACGGCGAGUAUGCUUAUGCAGCUUGACCAGCUCCGGAUCCGGGCCUAUGGCAAUGAGGAUAUCUGCCCGGUGUCUGUGGACGAGGCGUUGGAUGCGUGGAGGUGGCAGCGUGGUAUUAUCAAGCCAUGUAUCUUUCCCAAGUAUACCAUCUGUCUGGAGGCGUGGCCAUCUUUAACAGGGAAUCAAAAGAUUGCUGUUUAA